AUGGAUAUGUGUAACCGGUUAAACAGUGUUAAUUCAUUGAAUGAUUACAUAGAAUUAACUCAAUAUUUGGAAAAUAAACAUAACAAUGUAGAAAUUUUGUUAAAUAUGUCGACAAUUUCAUGUUUGAAAAAGAUUAGAUGUUUGGAAAUUGAGUACUUCAACAAAUGUGAUGGUAUUGGCGCCGCGUUCAUACUAUUUGCGAGAAUGCUCAGUUCGCCGCCAUUAAAAAUAAGGGGUUUACUUGGUUCAGAGUUGAUAGGACUCAUUCAAUACUGGCUAGACGCUGUGAGAAAACAUCUCAUAUCCCAUCACAUACACUGGUGGAUGUUCUUGAAGCAUUUGCUUGGAUUUAUCAAGGAAAUAAGACAAAAAGAUAAUUCUAUGAGCAAUAUCUUGGUGGAGGAGACAGCGGAGUGCAUGCUCGACCUGGCCACCAGCGGGAAACCAGAAGUCUACCAGAGAUAUGAGAUACUCCACACAUUCAACCUCUUUUGUGCAGAGUCCUCUAGGGAAGUCAGACAAGCUUUGAGGCCGAAACUGGACCAUUACUUCGUGCGGCUGUCGUCGCUGCUGGCGACGUGCGGCGACGCGGCGACGCAGCAGUGGUCGCUGGAGGCGCUGCUGCGCUGGCUGCAGCCGCGUGCCUGCGCCGCCGCCCGCCGCCAAGCCGCCGCCUCCUGGCUGCCGCCGCACCUCUACCCGCCCGCCGCCGUCGCUGUUUUCCUGCACAACAGCUGGAAGAACUUCUUUCAGGAUGCCCGAGAGUUUCUGAAUAACUGCAAUGAAUUCAACAAACUGGUGACGUCAGUUGUCUGUAGGAGGCUGGCAGUCGGGAACAUCAUUGUCAUAUCGGGCAAUGAAAAUCGCGAGAUGUGGCUCGACAUAAACACAGGCAGCGACUCAAUGAGCGUGAUACUCCUUCCUGAAGCACUGGACUGUCUGGGCGUGUAUGGGCCUGCAUGCGAGACACUCCUCAUCCACAGGGAUACUGCGCAACUUGUCAAGUUAUACAGAGAAGCAAACGCAGUAGCGAUAUCAGUGAUGACGUCACAGCCUCCGGUGUUGGCUCCGUCUGCGGCGAGGGUGUUCGACGACCAGUGUGACGUCACCAUCGUCAUCAGCUCAUGCAGCAACCUGGGGCGCGUCGACACCGCGCUGCGGACUGUGUUCCAAGAUAAAUACCAGCUGCUGUUGGACGUUGAAGAUACUGCCAUCGCGUCACCUUCGAGGCCAUGCAGAAGUAGAAGGAAUAGUAUGGAUGAAAAGUCCAGAUUCUCUCAUCCUGUGAAAGAGAAACCACGCAGGCAAGGUUAUAUGGUAAAGUCGAGAAGACCACCAGGUUUUUUGAGGUCCCCUUCCACCGCCUCCACAACGUCUUUAGCACAGUUGCAUGAUAAGUUAUCCGCUUUACCAUACUACGAGUUUACCAAAGAGCCCGUUAGCGUCGUCGCACACCCUGAACUCUCUGUUGUCAGUGAACAGAACGAAUCCGAGAUCUCUAACAGUUUAAACAGCACUAGCACACUCAAACUGACACGCUGCGCUGAAAGAAGCUUCCGUGCUUACAUCGUACAGAAACAGUCCCAAAGUGACGGAGAAGUGGUUAAAAGUAGAGAUUUAGACGCAAUUGACGAGUACAACGAACACAUUUUUUUAGAUAACCGCAAGAACACAAAACGCUCGCAAAGCGACAAUGAAUACGCGAAAACACGUGCCAAAGUUGCUCAGACCGAAGGCGCUAUAAGUUCACUCUUUGCGGCAACCGUUGGCUCAGCAGACGAAUCAGUUCUUAAUGCUACAAUCCACCGUUUACCGAAAGAAAAGGAUCUUACUACCGACAACUUGAUUGAAUUGCUAAAAAAAGAAGCUUUGCAAGCCAAUGUCACAGAUAAAGACCGAGAAUCGGACAGUGGGAUCAACACAGGUGACGGGAAAAAGACUCAAGAACGUAAGACACAGGAUAGUGAAACUAUAGAAGAUACGCAAUAUCUAGGAUUUAAGAAUAUUCAACAUAAGAAAAAUAUUCAAGCUAAAACAGCAAAGAAUAUUGUAGUAGACAAGUCUACCUCGGACGAGUCUAAUACUGAAGUUAUAAAUGAGACUCCAGUCAACUACGUCAAUGUUAGAAAGAGAAACCAAAGCAGGAAGUCUGUAAGAAAGACAGAGACAGAAAAGAGUGAAAAAGUUGAUGAUGUGACGUAUAACGUUCAAGAGGUAGAAGAUUUCUUCAGUCAACAUUUUGCUCAUAAUCAGAUGGGUGAUCUUAUUAUAAGUCCAACAUUAGCCAAGAAAAUUAAUGAAACGAGUUCAGAAUCUAGUGAAGAGUUUCUCAAUGCGAACAUUGAUGAAGAUUUCGACAUACGGCAUGAAGAUUUGACUGAUUAUCAUGUCGUUGAAUGUUUAAACGAUAUUGUAAAUAAAGUGUGCAUAGAUUUCGAUAAAUGUACUGAAUAUUUAGAUAAAGAAGAAACGGAAAAUGAAAUUUUGGAUAUGGCUAAGAGUAUAAGCGCAAGUUCGAAGGGGCAUAAACAAUUACCAGAUACUGAUCACUCGAACGAUGAAUUGAAAGACAAGGAAAAUACAAAACCGGCAAAGGCCACGCGGUCUAAGUCGAAAAAGGUUAUAAAACUAAAGUUUCCUGCAAAGAAACAAAAAGUACAAAAUCCUAAAACAAAAAGUAAGCUCAAAUUGGAACCAGUUUCAAAAAUGUCAACUAUUAUUGAAGAUAACAAUGAAAGUGACGCUAAUAAAACUUCCAGUUCAGACGCUAAGAAAAAUUCAGGUGAUAAUAAUAUGGAAACUCCAGUUAUACGAAGAAGGCGUAAAUUGUAUUCACCGAAAGAUGAUGAAGCAUUGUUUGAUAAACCUCCAAGUGAUGAAGUUGCCAGUAAUAAGCCUGUAGAAAUAGUACAGAGUGAUGAAGAUGAUGUUGCCCUUGCUGACAUUAAAAAGAAAACAACAGUCACUCCAAAAUCGAUAGUGACGGUCACUCCAAAAUCGGUAGCGUCUGUAACUCCUAAAUCGGCAGCAACUUGCUAUAAGGAUAUAGAGAAAGACCGUCAAAAAUACAAAACUCUUCGCCGUAGAAAAACGAAGAACGCAGAGUCGCCACCAUCACCAAAGACCACACGGCUCAAUGAAGUAUUUGAGAAAUUAAAAGAAAAAGUCGAGAAUAAUGAACACAUUAUACUUGUUGAUAAAAAAUCUAAUAAAGACAUUUUCAAUUUCACAAGUGACAGCGAAGAUGAGGACUUUAAGCAGAAAAAGAUUGAGAUACAAAAACGAACCAGUACAACUACUGUAGGCAGCGGUACUUCUGUCAUGUCUACUCGCCGUGGUCGCGCUGUUAGCAAGGUCAACUAUACAGAAAAUGGGAAAGAAUCGUCUACUGAAACAACUACCAAACCAGCGAAACGCAAACGAGUUACUAAACGUAAGAACGCGAAAGCUAAAGCCUGUGAAAUUGAUAUCGAUCGAGCAGACUUAGUUGACGAAAGAAUGAGAGAAGCAGAGCCGGAAGUACUGAAUACGUCUUUUGUUGUUGAAAAAGCGGUAGACUACAUUAAAAAUCCUGAACCUAUCAUAAAGGUACCGGAACUGGAAGUUAUAGAAGAUGAAAAUGCAAUGGAUAGUAUAGACAUAAAGCAAACUACUAACAUUGAAGUUGAAGACAAGAAGCGGAAAGCGAAAAAAACCGAGAAAUACUAUACCAAAAAGAAUGAAGUUAAAAAGCUCACAGAAUCUACAAAAGAUGAUGACAGAACUGUAAGCCCCCUACCAGGACUUAUAAUUGAAACUGAAAAGGGGAAGAAUGAUGGCGAAGAUUCGCUUACAACUAAUUUCGUUCAGAAGGUCCAAAAGAUAUAUAAAGAAGGGCCUGAUGCAUGUAACGAUACUACUACUACACAAAAUAUGCUCUCAGACAAUGAUAGGGGUAACUAUAGUCCGCAGAUAAAUAUUACUGAAGAGCUAGGCCGAAUAAUUAACGAUAAUUUGAAUGAAUGCAAAAAGAAAACUGAGUCAAGAAUAUCCAAUAUUGUUGAAAAAAUAUCCGAUAUAAAUACCAUUGAUGAUACGAUGAAUUCAGAAGAAGUAACAAAGAGUAAAAAUGAAACGAAAAAACCAAAACGUAACAAAUUAAGUCUCAAAGCAAAAGAUAAAACGGAUUCGUCUCUUAAUAGUAAUUCGAUAAAAGACGCAAAAAUGGACACAAAAUUUAUUAAGAAUGAGCUGGAAAAGUCAAAUAAAAAAGUUUAUAAGAAGUCGAACGCCAAAUCUAGUAAAUCUAACAUUCAAGAGAUGGUUUGUGAAGACAUAAUAAGUAUUGAAAAUCAGGUUAUCACACGGUCCAAAUCCUCCAAAUAUUCGUCGAGAAGCAAAGAGUUAGCAAUGAUUGACAUAACAGGAACGGAAGUAAUUUCUGAUAAAUCAAUUGCAACUGAUGGUAUAACAGCACACGGUGAUUUUGACGAACUACCACCCAGUCCCAAACUUCUUAAUGAAAAACUGUCGCCGAGGGAACUACAAGAUAUGGAUGAAAAUAUUAAAGAUUAUUACGUCAAACUGAAUAAAGAAGUAAACAAAAGCAAAGAUACUAAUGAAAGCAAAUCAAACGAAGGGAUUGAGUAUGAAAAGGAAGCAGACAUUAAGUCUGCAAAACGAGUGAUGCGAGAAAUAAAUUCGCCUUCAUCAUCAGAGCAGAGGUCUGAGAAAAUUAGACGGAAUAUAUUUGAUUGUGACGUUACAAAAUGGCUGCCAUCGAUAAGAGAUACUGAUUCUGAAAGUUGUGAAAGCAGUCGAAAAGUUAGAUCGCCCACCGUAUCUCUGGCCAAACUAACUCCUGAAGACAUAGCUAAGUGGUUGCCAUCAGCUAAAAGUACGCCGAGAUCGAGCUCGGAAGAAGUAAAGGAAAUUAGACGAAGUCCCAGACUUGUUAGGAAUAAAAAAUCGCAAAUAUCACCGAUACAACUGGACGAUUUCUUGAUUAAAACCAAACCUAAGAAACAUGAUACCUCGGAGUCUAAAGACGACACUUUGAACUCUCGUAGCGUUGAAGCGGCUGUGAAAAAUACCACGAAUAAAUUCAUCUUAAGACCAACUUAUGAAUCUAGUCCCAUAUCCAAGUCGUCAAAAUCUGACAAAUCUCCGCCUAAAAUUGCACCGAAACGGAAGAGUCCAGUUGCCAAAACUUUAGAAGUUAAAAGGAGAAAACUGGAUUUGGAAACUGUCAACGUAUCUGGAAGUACGCAGAGCUCCAAUGUAGAUGAAUGGCUGAGGAGGAUGUCGGCAACUUGUAAAGCCGAUAAUAUGGAUGUAUCCACAGACGCCAUACAGACACUGAUGGAAAAGCUGGACACUACUUUGGUAGAGAUUCACCAAAAUACUACCAAAGACUUCAUCGGUCUAUUCGUGGAAGCGCAGAAGCAAUUAACGGAACUGAAGGAAGAGCGACGCAAGGCGUAUAGAGAGACCGCAGUGGGUAUACUGACGGCCGUCACGCAACUUGUAGACGCACAAUUUUCUGAGAUGGAUCAACAGGCGGAAGAGCGCGACGGUCGGUUCAUGUCGUGGCUGAAGGAGAGAGCGGGCGAGGUGCUGCGCCGCGACUGCCGACAGAAGCGAGCCCUGGUGGCGCUGCUGAGGGACGACGUGCAGGCCGUAGCCGACCACAUGGUGCGCUCACACACCGAUGAAGAAUAAACAAUUAUUAUGAGCUACAAAUACACAACCAAUCUCUGCAAAAAAGAUAAGCCACGGCGUGUAACGACACUGUACAGUCAUGAGCAAUAUAAUGUACCCACUUUAGGACUCUGUCGCACUAACAUAUUUGACAUUUAGUGAGACUUACAGUUCAAUUUGUCAAAAAAGUUAAUGUGACAUGGUACCAAAGUGUAUACAUACAUAUUAAUGCUCGUGACCGUACAAUCGAUAUUGCACUUUAUUUAAACAGCUUUAACAUCUUAAUUUGAGGUAACGAACUUAUACUAUCUACAUAAUUUAAUGUAUAUUAACAACACGGUGCGCGAGCGCUUUUUAGCAAAAACUCCUUAGCGAUUGUGAGUCUAUUUGUUUAUAGGAUGUCAGUGGCCGUCAGAAAUAGGCACAAAAUAAUAAAAACCUUACUUAGUCAUACCAUGUAGGUUGUUGAGAGUUAGUGACAUCGUAACAAAUACUAAGGAGGAUGAAUCUGACCAUGAUAAUGAGUUCUGAGUUAAUAUCAAGUGAAAUUUUCCGUCGCUUUUUUUAGUAUUAUUACUUACAUUAUUUUAAAUUGUAUACUUUUGCGAUGGAAAAUUCCACUCGAUAUUAACUCAGAAUAAUGAGCUGAAUCAUCCCUCUCAGUAAUCGUUACGAUAUCACUUACACCCGCACAAGUACAUACAGGUAGCCAUACAAGUACGUAUGGGUGUUAGUGAGUGACGCCGUAACGAAAACAGAGGGUCUUCUAACACGCUCUAUCUUACCUUUGAUUGGUUGAUUCUACACGUCUCCUCGGCUUUGAUGUAAGUUUUUUUUUCAACAGUUGAUUGAAAUCUUAACCGAAUAAAUAUCGAAAUAUAUAUUUUUAUGUACUUUAGUUAUAAGUUUAAUUCAAAUGUUAAUUGUUUUUAUGUUUCAAAGUUCAUAGUUUAUUUUAAUAUGUUAUUUGAUUGAAAUUUUGUUAGAAUGUUAGCUAAAGUAUGAAG